GUCGGUUUGUGUACAUAAAGUCCGGGCUCGCGGUGGGUGGUCUCUGGGCAGGGAGGGCGUGGCUUAAAGGGGAAGGAGCUGCUUUUGCUCCAGCCUUGGACCAUUCCUGACCCUGACUCUAAAGGCCAAGGCCAUGGGCGAUGAGAUAAACCAGCAGCAGGAGGCACACCGGCUCUUUGGGGGAGCGUUUUCUGCUUGCCUUCCUCCGGGCGGCAUUGAUGUCAGUGAGAUGCGUCAGGUACCUGACAACCAAGAAGUCUUUGUUCAUCCCUGUACAGACCAAAGCAUCAUCAUAGAACUGCUGGAAUAUCAGGCAGGUGUGCCAGACGAAAACGCUGCCAGGUACCACUUUGAGGACUUGGCUGACGCUUCUGCCACCACUGAGAUCCUCAGCCAAGAACUAUUCAUGCCGCAUCUCUUGGCCCUGGAAGGCUGUAGUAGUGCCUGGCAGCUCACUGCCCGCCAGCUGGUAGCUAAAUUCAAUGAAGAGGCCAAAAAUGAAGUAACCGUGCAUUUGACACUGCUGCGCCUCCCUCAGUAUGGAACAGAUCUGCUUCUCACCUUCAACAAUCCCACAUGGAUCCACCCCCUCAGCAGCAGCGCAGCCCAAGGAACAGAAGUUCCCCCUACAUUUUCUCAAGCUCCGUGGACGGUGGAACAUUUCCACAUCUUCGUAUGCAGCCUGCGGCUUCACGACCCUGGCAUCUUUGGCUAGGAUACAUCUACUCAGACUCCAGACAAUCCAUCUUCAGCUGAUCUGCAUUGCAAGCACAUUCACUGCUAAGACUCUCAGAAGGUGUGCUGUGUCGGGCUGAAUAUCUGACUUUCCUUUCAGCUGUUUCUUUCCUCCACCUCACUUUUCCCCAGAAGGAAAUGGACUCAGAGCGCCAAAGGGUAUUUGCAUGGACGUAGGUUGGUUUCAAGGCACCCACCUGUCAAAUAUGGUUUAAUCUCCUCUUUGCUACUGGAUGAUAAUGACUGGCAUGGUUGUAAUUUGUCUUCAAUGGGGAGUCACACCAAUUCCUCCCUGUCCCAACUAUUUUGUUUCUCCUUAAUAUACCACAGUUCCUGGGCAGCUCAAUCCUCCAAACUGCUACAUCCAGUUGCCAGUAUACUAUUCAACACUGUCAUCUUCUACAUGCAUUUUAAUUACAUGCCACAAGGAAUGGAAGACAUGUGGCAAAAAUGUCAAGAAAAUGCACAAAAUUCAGAGUUUUUUUAAAAAAGCUGCAUCAGCAGCAAGUAUCUUUAAUUAUGGCCAGUCAACAAAUGUUUUAAGACAGAUUGUAAUCCUUAAAGUGCACAAGUUUUUCAUUGAACUUGAAGCAGAGGAAAAACAAAUGUUUCAGAACAAGACCAUAAUGUUACCAAUAAAAACCUCCUUUUCUACA